AUGUGUCAAUUUCUAACAUGUUACUGGCAAAUUGAUUUGAUGUUGAUAGAAACAACGAUUAUUCUUCCAAUUUAUGUUUUUCUACUUUUUGAUAUUUCAAUUUGUCAUUUUCGAAAAACUCAUUUUCAAAGUCAAUAUUAUUCAUUGGUUAUUUCACAGGUAAGUUUUGGAAAAUUUGGAAAAAUUGGUUCUGAUAAACGAGACAAAUUAAAAAAUCAUCAAAAAAGUUGCUGAAAAUAUUCAUGACAAAUGUCUGAAGUUCAAAAAUAAUCUCAAAAAUAGUUAUGACGUGGCGAAAAGUUUAUAUUUCAGGCGAUUGCUGAUAUUUGCACCGCUCUCUGCGUGAUCUACCUUUACGUAGCUCGCUACCUCCAUUUUGGCAACAAUUUACUUUUCAAUUCACAAAUUUAUGGCUCUGGAAUAUUUAUCUCCGAAUUCGGCCCAAUAUUUUUCAUCAUCCGAUUUUUCGGAAUAUUUCUAAUGACUUUUCAAAGAUAUCAAACUGUUUGCUCGAAAAAAUCGAUAACUUACAAUAUCAAUAAUUUGUCAUUUUGCAAGAUUUUUCUAAUUCAUUUCCUGGUCCCAUUUCUAAUUUAUAUUCCAUGUUUUUCAACAAUUCCAGGCGAUUUACCAUUUUUCAAUAAUUCCGAUGAAUUAUCAGUGAUUAAUUCAGGAUUUCGAAUCAAAUUUUUUUCGAUGACAGUAAUCGUGGUUUUUAUAUUUUUCGGAACUUUGGAUUUAUUCAUGUAUAUUUCAAUAAUUUAUUCCAUUUGGAAGACCAAAAAAGUGUUCAAUGUUUCUAGAAAAAACAAAGAUUUUUAUCAAGAAAUUCGACUUCUUAUUCAUAUUCUACUUCUUGUUUGCACCUCAACUCUUACAUUUUUAUAUUAUUUGAAUGAAUUUUUGGGAUCUGCGAUUAAUUCGAAUUCUGAUAAUCGAAAAGAUGUUCGAAGAUAUUAUGCAAUUAUUGCUGUUAAUUUUGGAUAUAUUAAUCCGAUUAUUUUGAUUUUUUUGAAUCGAGAUGUGAAAAUGAGAGCAAAAAAGUUUUGGGUGAGAAGUUCCACAUUUUAG